AUGACGGCAAAGGUGUCGCCAUUCAAAGUCAGGCAGAUGGAGGACUAUGGCCCCCAGAUAAACUUCAGUAUCUGGCUUCUUACGGCCCUCUCGGCUGCCUUUCUCGCUCUUCGCGUCUACUGCAAAUUUCUGAGGCAUCGUGGCCUUUGGUGGGACGACCAUGUGCUGAUAGGAUCAUGGUUUUCUCUCGUCGUCUCCAGCAUUUUCAUUUCCGUUUCCGUCAACAUGGGCUUUGGACGACCGCUCACGCAAUUCGACUUUAGGAAUCUAGAUAUAUUCCUCCUCCUCACCAAUAUGGCGGGGACUUUUUCCAUUUUAUCUGCUUUGUGGAGCAAGACGUCUUUUGCCAUCACGGUGCUGCGCAUCUCGUCGGGCUGGACCAAGAUCCUCGUCUGGUUCAUCAUUAUCACGGUCAAUAUCUCACUCGGCGGCGCCAUCGCCCUCACGUGGUGCCAGUGCACGCCCAUUGCCAAAACAUGGCAGCCCCGCUUGCCGGGGAGCUGCUGGCCCAAGAUGAUCCAGAUUCGAUACAACAUCUUCACCGCCAUAUAUUCCGGCGCCAUGGACAUUGUCCUCGCUUUCGUUCCGUGGCAAAUUAUCUGGACUCUUACCAUGAACAAAAAAGAAAAAGGUGGAGUAUUGGUGGCUAUGAGCAUGGGCGUCUUCGCCGGGGUGACCUCAAUCGUCAAGAUCACUCAACUUCCCUCCAUCUCGAACUCGACCUUCACAGAGUCAACCACCCAGCUUGUGAUUCUUGCCGGUGCUGAAUGUGCCAUAACCAUCAUGGCGGCCUCAAUACCAAUCUUGAGAGCGCUUUUGCGCGACAGCGGGCCACCGCCCGGCCCGGCGCAGUUCUAUCACAUGGACGGUGACAUGUAUACAGGAACAACAAACUCCCAAGGAACGGGGCGGAGUAGCACGGUCAUCAGCUCGGGAAACCGCAGUGUACCACGCUGGAGUAAGGAUCUUGAAGCAGUGGGCCCGCUGAAGCGCCUCAGCCGCCUCAGCCGCCUCAGCGGACUCAGUAUGGGAUUUGCGGGCUUUGCCAACAACUCGGGCUCGCGGCACGCAGUGAGCCGCAGCGAUGUGUCGGAUUUGCCUCCCGGCAAGAUUCUCCAGACAGAGGAGGUGGUGGUCGAGUACGAGCCAACAAAAUGGACUAACAUUGGAAAGGCGAUAUGA